AUGAGAACGAGUCUCGCCGCCAGUGUCGGUGGCCUUUUAGCCAUCUGGGGCUUCCAAGGUCUAGUCGCCCAUGCCCAUGCCCAUGCCCAAAGCCCCCUCCAGGCUCGAUUAGAUGGCCAUGACGCUUCAGAUGCCGCCUCGCUUUGUUCUAGGGACUUCCUGGGCGCAAGAGCUGGGUUGAAUGCCUCCGAGGCAUCCAAGGCGGCCAUCGAGUCCAUGAACAAGAGCUUUUAUAACAAAACCGCUGGCCGAUGGACAGUGACGGACGCGUGGUGGCUGAGCGGAGUCGCUCUCCAAGAUCUCCUCGAGUACAUGUACAGGACAGGCAGCCGUGACUAUCUGCACCAGGCCAAGCACAUCAUCGAGAAGCAGAAGGAGCCUCUCCCCUGGUGGCCCGAGGGAGACGGCUAUUUCCGCGCCGACUCAACCGACGACACGGGCUGGUGGGCUCUCGCCAUGAUCCGGAUGUUUGACAUCACCAAGGACCAGCAGUACCUUAAUAUAUCCAUCCUAGACGAAGCCUACAUGUACUCGUACUGGACCAACACAAACUGCGGGGGCGGCAUGUAUGUCGACAUUCGCGCUGAGACGUACAAGAACGCCAUUGCCAACGAGCUCUACAUGAAGCUCGCCGCCUCGCUCCACAACCGCAUUCCCGGCGACACCGAAUACCUCGCAAAGGCGGAGACGGCGUACAACUGGUUCAUGGCCUCGGGCAUGAUCAAUGGUGACAACCUGAUUAACGACGGACUCGCUGAGAAUAGCGCCGGCGUCUGUUACAACAACGCCCUUCCCAUUUGGACAUAUAACCAGGGCGUCGUCCUUGGGGCGUCAGUUGAACUCUACAUCGCUACGCAAAACCAGUCGUACGUCGUGGAGGCGCGCAAGAUCGCCGACGCCGUACUCUCGAGCGGAGCCAUGACACAGGACGGAGUUCUCACCGAGCCCUGCGAGGCUGCCGACACGUGCAACAAUGAUCAGCAAAUCUUCAAAGGCAUAUUUGCCUACAACCUCGCCGAGCUCAACAGCGUGCUCAGCGACAGCCCCUACACGGCCUACCUGACGCAGAACGCCCAGACAGCCUGGUCCAGCGACCGCAACAGCAAGGACCUAUACGACGUCUCCUGGGCUGGCCCCUUCCGCAACUCGACAAUUGCGAAACAGGCCUCAGCCGUGGGACUUUUGGUGUCUCUUCUUUGA